GACAGGGUCAACCUGAGCCCCCCGAUUCCUCCCAACCAAAACAAAGCCACCACGCUCCGUCUCGUGCGCUCACAUACCUCAAGCCAUUCUUUCCCCGCCAAAUCCAAGAGCCAAGCCAAGCCACCGAUCCGUACCUACCUACCUGCCACACCACACCACCACCACCUUAUCCUCCUCAUCCUCCAACAACAACAACAACAACAACAACAACAACCUCAGACCUCCCGCCAUGCCGCCGUCGCUACGCUCGCAGCGACGCCUCAAGGCCAUGGGCCUGCUCGUCUUCCUCGCCGUGCUGACGACGCUGUACCUGACAUCUGCCGCGCGGCAGACGCGCAAUUCAGACUUCUACCAACGCACGCAGGGCGCGCUGGCGGCGCGCGAGCGGGCAGCCGUCGCCGCAGCCGAAGCCGAGCUCGAGGCCCAGGCCGCCGACUUCGAUGUCGGCAAGCGGCUCAAGGCCGCCGAGGAAAAGGCCAAGAAGAGCGCCAACAACAAGGGCGACCGCAUCCAGGAGGUUGUGGCCGCGGGCAAGGCUGAGAAGGAGAAGGAGCGUGUGGGCGACAUGAAGAAUGGUGGUGCGGCUACAAAGGACGAUGCACCCGAACAUGAUGAGAUCACUGGCGAGAAGAGCGUCGCGGGCCGCAUCUCGCUGAAGGAUUCCGCUAAGGACGACGGCGUUGCGAAGGUGGGCAAGGUGGGCGAUAGCGUCAAGGGACAUACCGCGGCGACACCCAGCAAGGCCGGCGAAGAGGAAAAGUCGGAUGAGGACCGCGAAGUCGAACUCGAACUCAACGCUAUCCUCAAGAAGAGCCCGAUCAUCAUCUUCUCCAAGUCGUACUGCCCCUACUCUGCGAAAGCGAAGCGCAUCCUGCUGGAAUCCUACGCCAUCACGCCGCGCCCGUACGUCGUGGAGCUGGACCAGCACCCGCUGGGCGCCGGGCUGCAGGCCGCCCUGGCCAAGUCGACGGGCCGCGGCACCGUGCCCAACAUCCUGAUCAACGGGCGCAGCAUCGGCGGCGGCGACGACGUCGAGUCGCUGCAGCUCAAUGGCCGCCUGGCCGAGACGGUCCACAGCAUGGGCGGCAAGCGCGUCACCGAGGUCAAGGAGGUCGACCCUAAUGAUGCUGCCGCUGCUGCCGCUGCUGCCGACAAGAAGGACAGCCUCAAGCGCCGCCGCGUUAAGCGCGUGCUCAAUGCGUGAGCGCGCUUGUGCCUUUGUGCUUCUUUCUCUUCUUCGUCUUCUUUAUUUGGAUCCUCUUUUU